AUGCUUCAGGGGUGGAUGGGAGAGUUGGGAGAAGACGGACUCUUUAGAAACAAAGUCUGGACAAAGGACAGUGAGACUGCUGCACCGGCAGCAGCAGCAGCAGCACCGAAUCCAGGUGGAGGCGCGUCAACGGCGCAGCAAAAUGCUGCUGUUGCUGCCUUAAGCUUCACGCUUCCGUCGACCCCGCCGUCGCUGAAGAGGAGACAGGCAGCACCGGAGCAGCAGGAAAUGGCGGCUUUGACCCUACCACCUGCAGCAGGGGAUACAGCUGCUGCUACACCAGCUACAGGGGGUCCUGAUGCUGCUGCGGCGGCACCACCAGCUGCUGUUACUGCCGCCGCUGCUGGUGCUCCCGUGGACGGGGCGGAUGGAGGAGACAUUGAACUCGAUGGAGACGCACCGGAGGCAGCGGCUAUGGCAGAGGAUGUUGCGGCCUCAGCCUAA